UUUUCGCAUUUUGUAUCGUAUGGUGUGGCACAAGGCAAGUGCGCGUUAAGCCCAACUGCGCCCUCGGAAUGCCCCUCAGAGGGCGGGCCGAGGCCCCAAGUUCUGUAGCUGCUGGCCGCGAGAACCAAAACGGCACCACUAGUCGCUACGCCGUGCCCCGAACCUCUCUAGAGCAUCCACGACAGCCACAGCGUCAGCUGCAGCAGCAGCCGGCGCGCGGCGCAGCUGCCGGCGGCGGCGGCGGUCGUGAGCUUCCCUCGCGACCGCUGCUCCCGCACUCGGCCUCCGCCGCGGCGCUGCUCAUUGGACUCCGCCAUAAACGUAGCGGCAGCAGCAGCAGCUCUGGCUCUCAAACAGCAUCUUCCACUGACGCGGACUCGGUUGAAGACGAAGUCGGCAUUGGCGACGCGCAGGCUGCUGGCGGCUCGUCGCUCAGUUCUAUCACGGUUGGCAGCACUGGGCUGCCCGAAGCAGCGCCCUCGGCGAGCUCGUCAGCAGGGGCAGCAGCAUGGGGGGGUGCAGAUGGCGGCGUGGAGGGACAGGGGCAGGCGGCGACAGAUGGCGGUGGAGGAGGGGGUGACGUGGAGGCAGCUAUGCACAUGGCCGCCGGCAGCAGCGGAGCCGCCAGACGCCCAGACGGCUCCAUCCAGCAGCAGUACUGCGGGGACUUGCGGCAGCCGCCCCCCGUGCUCGUGCACAGCUCGAAUGGGGAUUGGGCCGCUCGCGAGGUGGCGUCAGUGGCAGGAGGAGCUGCGAGGUAUUGGCGGCUGGCAAGGGUGGCAGUGGCGGGAGCGGCAGAGGGGUUAGGGCAGGCCACACAGGAUGCAGCGGCGCCGGGUGCGGCUGGCGGCGGCUGGGGCAGAAUGCCUUCGUCAACCCUCGGAAGUGCGGCGCCGGCGGUGCUGAGCUCGCCGCUCAGGGCCGCUGCUGUGCCUGCAUCACACAACGGCGAGGCCACACCAGCGGCAGUACUGGCAGCAGGGGGCGGCGCCGGGCGCUGGACCACGCCGUUUGCGGGGCAGGCCCUGCAGCGCCAGCUGCUGGACCAGGUGCAGCCGCAGCCCCAUCAUCACCAACACCACCAGCACCAACACCACCAGCAACACCACCAACACCAGCACCGCUCGCGGCAACAUCAACCCCACAGGCACCAGCAGCAGCACCAGCAGCACCAGCAGCAGCAGCAACCGCAGUACGACGAGGGUCACAGCCAGCUGCGGGAGCCGCUGCUGCAGCCGUCGUGGGAGCCGUCACAGCCCGAACCGCCGGACCGGCAGCAUCCAUCGCAGCCUACUCAGAGGCACGGUGCUCUGGGCAGCAGGCAGCAGGGACCGGCUGCGGCACAAGGGCGACAGGAGCAGCAGCCGCGCCACCUGCUGCAAAGGCGUCUGGCCCACUGGCUCGGCGGCGGGAAGGAGCGGUGGGCAGUAUGGCGGCAUGAGCUGUGCAGUGUGCUGGGCCUGGCGCUGCCGGUGGGAGUGGUGGACACGGUGUCGUUCCUGGCGUCACUGGUGGGCGUGCUGCAGGUGGGGCGGCUGGGCACUGCGGAGCUGUCGGCGCUGACACUGGGCUCCACCCUGUUCAACCUGACGGGGCUGUCCUGGGCGGUGGGGCUCACGGGCGGCAUGGAGACUCUGUGCGGCCAGAUGUACGGCGCAGGGCUGUACGGCGGCGUGGGCGUUACAUUUCAGCGGGCGCUGCUGGUAUGUCUGACCUGCGGCCUGCCCGCGUACGGCCUGUGGUGGCAGGCGGAGCCUCUGCUGCUGCUCCUGGGUCAGCCCCGGCACACGUCACGACUGGCCGCAGGCUACGUGCAGCGCGCCGCUCCCUGCCUGGCUCUGUCCACGUCAAAGUACUGCUGCCGCGCCUACUUCACAAGCCAGGGAGUGGUGCUGCCGGUCAGCAUCAUCACCUUCGUCGCCACGCUGUUGGCGCCGCUGUAUAACCUGCUGUUCAUCACCUGGCUCAACAUGGGUCUGGCUGGUGCCGCCUGGGCCUACGUGGCUGACGAGGCCACUGCGGUGCUACUGCUGGCCGCAGCUAUGGCCGGCCACACGCUGUGGACGAGCCGGCCGGGUGCGCCCGAGUUGGUGCGGCGGCGGGCCACCUGGACCGGCUGGGACGUGGCGGCUUGGCGGGGAUGGGGCGCUUACCUCAAGACAGCGCUGCCCUCCACCGCCAUGUCCUGUCUGGACUGGUGGGUGCUGGAGGUGAUGGUGCUGCUGUCGGGGCUGGGGCCGCAGCCCGACACACAGGUGGCGGCCAUGGGCCUGUGCUUCAACGCCUUCACACUGGUAUACUACGCCGUGGUCGGCUUUGGAGACGCCGCCUGCACGCGUGUCAGCCACAUGCUGGGUGCAGGCCGCGGCCGCGCCGCGCGCCGUGCCGCGCUCGUCUCGCUGACCGCCGGCCUGACCGUGUGCGCCGCCGUGUGCGGCGGUCUGGCAGCCUCCGGCCCCGCCUGGACGGCGGCCUUCAGCCGCAGCAACGACGUACGUCGGGCGGUACGACAGGCGCUGCCGUACGUCACGGUUGCCGUACUGGGCUAUAGUGCCAACACUGUGCUGGCGGGGGUGCUGCGGGGCUCGGGGCGCACGGGCGCGGGGCUGCGGGUGAACCUGGUCACGCUGUGGCUGGUGGGGCUGCCGGUGGCGGCGGGGCUGGGGCUGGGGGCGGGCUGGGGUAACGUGGGCCUGUGGGCGGGCAUUGCGCUGAUGAACGUGCUGCAGGGCGGGGCGCUCGUCUACAAGGUGACGCGGGGGUUGAACUGGGCCAAAGAGGUGGUGCGGUCACGCAGCGUGCUGUCGCUGCAUGCGUCCACUCUGGGGGCCGGCGACAUCGUGAUUGGAGGCGGGAGGGGUGAAGGCGCGGGGAUGACAGAGGCGGAGGAGGGAGGGGUGGGGGUGGUAGGGGAGGAGUACGGCAACGGGGAUGGCGGCGCGUACGGAGAGGUGAGUGGUGGGCUGGAUGGAGAGGAGCGCGCGGUGGCGAUGGGCGGUGAGGCGGAAGGGGGAGGGCCACACGAGGCCGCCGCUUGUGGAAUGCUGCCGGCAUUAGGUGGCGACUGGAAGAGGGGCGCGUGUGUGCGGGCGAGCGAGGUGUCAGAUGAGGAGGAGCCAUCGUUGCUACAACACACCAGCCGUAGUGGUGUUGGCUGCAGUGGCGAGACCGGGUCAAGCGGUAUGCUGCCGUGCAGCCGUAGAGAGGUGGCGCGGUGGCUGGCUGAUGCCGCGGCGGUGGCAGACGGCUUGGCUUCUCCGGUCGAGGGCGAGCCCGCAGUAGGACGAUAGAUGGGCGCCUUAACGCAUUCGCAAAGGGCGCCACACCAUUCUGCUGUACCCGCGGCACUGAGCAACGAAUGGUCAUGUAAGGCAUACUGCAA